CACCUGUAGCUAUGCCUUCUCCAAGAAAUAAAAUGGAUUCGAUGGAGCUCAAAGAAAGACCCUGGAUGAUGGAUCACGGUGUGGUGGACGAGGAAGCUCCCAUCGAUCCGAGGCUGAAAAAUCGGACCUUUACAGCCGAUCAGGACUUUGAAGGUCACCGAGCGCACACCGUAUUCGUUGGCGUCCACAUUCCGGGCUCAUCCCGCCGGCAUUCGCAGCGCCGUCGGCACAAGCACCACCAGGCGAGCCGGGACAAUGGCGACAAAGGCAGCGCAGGAUCGGAAUCGGAACGGCCUGUUACGCCACCUGCACAAAGAGUACAGUUCAUCCUUGGCGGUGAGGUCGGCGGUGAAGGCGAUGGUGGUCAGCAUGAAUCACAUCCUCUGUUCUCCGAGAUGGAGGAGCUGGUCAAGGAGGGUGACGAGAUGGCCUGGAAGGAAACGGCACGCUGGAUAAAGUUCGAGGAGGACGUCGAGGAGGGUGGUAACCGGUGGUCCAAGCCGCACGUUGCCACACUCUCGCUCCACUCGCUGUUCGAGCUGCGCAGCCUGCUGCUAAAUGGGACCGUAAUGCUGGACAUGGAAGCGGUUAGUCUGGAGCAGAUCGCAGAACUGGUGUGCGAGAACAUGGUCAACUCGGGCACGCUGCCGGUGGAGGCCCGGGAUAAGGUGAUCGAUGCACUGCUGAAACGUCACAAGCAUCAGCACGAGUUCGGCAACAAGAAAAGUCGUCUGCCACUGAUACGCUCCCUAGCCGACAUUGGCAAGAAUCAUUCGUCUUCGAAGAAUAUGCCACGCUCAUCCAUCAGCAAAAGCAUCACCUCGGUCAACUCAAUCCCAAUGCACGUCGUUUCGUCGGCACCCUCGGGCAUGCACGAAGAGGCCGAAUCCUCCGCCCUGGCACUGGCAUCGCCCCAAACCGCGCUGCUGUACGGCAGUAAAGACCAGCGGGGUCACUAUCUAGCACUGCCAACAGUUGAAGACCAAACGAAUACUAACAGUCCACCGAAUAGUGCUACUAGCAAUGGCAGUAACCUGAAUGCAUCCAGCAAAUCGACCAAUGGCAACAGUGGCAGCGGCAAACACUUAACCGUACCCGGAAAAGCCGCCGGAGAAAAUAUGUCGCAAAGUCCGAGCAGUGUAUCGAUGCCGCGCAAUACCAGCUCGGGCGAACUGCAGAACGGUGAACAUAAAACGAACACACACUUCAUGCGCAAAAUUCCACCCGGUGCCGAAGCGAGCAAUAUUCUCGUCGGCGAGGUGGACUUUCUCGACAAGACACUGUCGGCCUUUCUGCGGCUCAAUACCGCCUCGGUAAUGGGUGAUCUGACGGAGGUUCCGGUACCAACUAGGUUCAUCUUUAUCCUCCUUGGACCACCGGGCAGCCAUGGAAGCUUCCACGAGAUUGGCCGCGCAAUGGCGACCCUCAUGUCGGACGAGAUAUUCCACGAAGUUGCCUAUCGUGCGAAAAAGCGCGAACAUCUGCUGGCGGGUAUUGAUGAGUUUUUGGACGCGGUUACGGUGCUGCCACCGGGUGAAUGGGAUCCAUCCAUUCGGAUAGAACCACCGGCAGCGAUACCUUCGCAGGAAGUGCGCAAGCGUCCGCCGGAGAAGAAUCCGAAGGAAGAAAUCGACGAAGAGCUGGAGGAGCAGCGGCAGCGCGAAGAGUCCGGCCUGUCCCGCACGGGUCGGCUGUUCGGAGGGCUGGUCAACGAUCUGAAGCGCAAGGCACCGUUCUAUCUGUCCGACUUUAAGGACGGCCUAUCGAUGCAGUGCGUAGCGUCAUGGAUUUUCCUCUACUUUGCGUGUCUAUCGCCGAUCAUUACGUUCGGUGGAUUGCUGGGAACGGCCACCGGUAACAAUAUCGCUGCAAUGGAAUCGCUCGUAUCGGGCUUUGUGUGCGGUAUCGGGUAUGGAUUCUUCUCGGGUCAACCACUCACCAUACUCGGUUCGACCGGUCCGGUGCUGGUGUUCGAAACGAUCGUGUACGAGUUCUGCCUGAAGGUAGGAUGGGACUAUCUGACGUUCCGCUUCUGGAUCGGUACCUGGAUCUCGAUCAUUCUGGUCGUGCUCGUUGCGGUCGAUGCAAGUGCGCUCGUGUGCUACAUUACCCGGUUUACGGAGGAAAACUUUGCCUGCCUUAUCGCCGUAAUCUUCAUCUACAAGGCGAUCGAGAACGUGUUCCACAUUGGACAGGAGUAUCCGUUGAAUACGGCGGGUGGAAAGUUUGACUGCUCGUGCUUACCACCGGUUGGGCAGGAGCUUACUUCGGACACGGUGCAUACGUGGUCACAGUACGAUCUACGCACGUGCAAGAGUCUAAACGGAACGCUCACCGGUGUGGACUGCGGCAAACCCGAGGCUGUGUCGGACGUCUUCCUGAUGUCGAUCGUACUGUUUCUCGGCACGUACAUCAUAUCGGUAAUACUGAAGGACUUUAAAAAUGCACUCUUCUUCCCAGCGGUCGUGCGACAGUUCAUUAGCGAUUUUUCCGUCACGAUUGCCAUCUUCUCGAUGACGCUGCUCGAUUUCUUUACCCAAGUCGCGACACCGAAGCUGGACGUGCCGAGCGAGUUUAAGCGCACGAUCCCGGACCGGGGCUGGAUCAUUAUGCCAUUCCACGAGAGCAACCCGGCCUGGUCGUCGGCACUCGCCAUUCUGCCUGCCCUGCUCGGUACCAUUCUGAUAUUCAUGGAUCAACAAAUUACGGCUGUGAUAAUCAAUAGGAAGGAACACAAACUCACCAAAGGUUGUGGCUACCAUCUGGAUCUGUUCGUACUAUCCUGUCUGAUACAGAUAUGCACGAUCAUGGGUCUACCUUGGUUUGUUGCUGCCACCGUGCUCAGUAUUAAUCAUGUCAAUUCCCUGAAGAAAGAGUCCGAGACAGCUGCUCCGGGCGAAAAGCCACAGUUUAUCGGUGUACGCGAGCAGCGUGUUACCCACAUACUGAUCUUUCUGAUGAUCGGAUGUUCGGUGCUGCUAACACCGCUACUAUCCCACAUUCCGAUGCCGGUGCUGUACGGCGUCUUUCUCUAUAUGGGUGUUUCGGCCCUCAAGGGACUGCAGUUUUUCGAUCGUUUGCUGAUCAUGCUGAUGCCUGCGAAAUACCAGCCGGACUACAUGUUCUUGCGACAGGUCCCAAUAAGACGUGUGCAUCUGUUCACCAUGAUACAGCUGGCCUGCUUUGUUGUGCUGUGGUUAAUUAAAUCGUUCUCCAUCACCUCGAUUCUCUUCCCGCUGAUGCUGGUAGUGAUGAUCGGUGUGCGGAAAUCGUUGGACUACAUCUUUACCAAGCGCGAGCUAAAAAUCCUGGACGACAUUAUGCCGGAGAUGACGAAGCGUGCCCGGGCGGACGAUCUGCACCAGCUCGAGGACGGCGAGGUGGGAUUUUACAAACGGCUGAUCGGGUGCUGCAUCGGUCAAAAGCUGAUACAGCAACCCGUAACCACGAUUAGCGUUACCAAAGUGACCGAACAGACAAACAAAUCCAACAGCACUAACCCCAACAGCUAAUGGCUAAUCC